AUGGGUAAUAAACAAGUUAAAAUAUCUGGGCCAACAAAAGUAUGCAAGCAACACAUUGACAUACUUGAAUGUGUCACUAAGCUAUCUGAACAAGAAAUACAAGAAUGGCAUGCGGAAUUUCUCCAUGAUUGUCCCAGUGGUAAACUUAGCAAGGACAAAUUUAAGGAAUGUCAGCGGCAAUAUUGUCGGCCUGAGAAAGCAGACUUUUUUUGCAAUUAUAUCUUUAACACAUACGCUAGCAAUGGUAAUAAUGAUAGAAAUGGUUCGAAAGUUACAAACAACAGGAAAGAAACAACAAUGCAGAGAGAAACAAAAAUGCAGAACUAUUGCGCUAUGUGUGUGGAUCAAAAUAGCAUUGGCGACGAUUCACUAAAUUUCGCGGAUUUUAUUAUAGCUGUGUCACCUGGAAGUCAGGGAAAACUUGAGGACCGCGUUAGCGUCUUGUUCGAUAUGUAUAAGAAACAUAGCGAUGAGGGCAUUGAUGAAGGAGAACUGACAGUAAUGAUCACUGCUAUGUAUGAUCUUGUUGGCGCAACUGAGAAUAAACGUAACAGUGACCCAAAGAAAGUAGCAAAAAAAAUAAUGAAAGAUUGUGAUAAAGAUGGUGACAAUAAAUUGAGUAAAGAAGAAGCAAUUGACAAAUGCCACAGCCACCAUUUUAUUCGCCACUUGCUUGCUCCUUACGACGAAGAAGACGUGCGCAAAUGA